AUGUGGGAGGGCUGGGCAGGGUGUUCUGGGCAGGAAGCGGAAGUGCCGAUGAACCCCAGCUGCCGUCGCUGCUCUCAUUUCGCACUCGACACAGCCAGAGCUGGAGGUGGGAACCCAGCGCUGAGAGGCGACGGCCUGAUGGAUCUGCCCUGCGCCCUAGGGCUCUGGACGCUGCUGGCCCUGCCUGGGGCCCUGGGCUCGGGCAGUAGUGCCAGGGACUCCAACUCCUCAGUCAUCGUUGUCCUGCUGCUGCUGCUCCUGCUGCUGGUCGCUGGCCUGGCACUGGCCUGGCGCCGCCUUAGCCGGGACUCAGGGGGCUACUACCACCCGGCUCGCCUGGGCGCCGCGCUCUGGGGCCGCACUCGCCGCCUGCUCUGGGCCAGCCUGCCAGGCCGCUGGCUCCGGGCCGAGCUGGGCUCACCAGAUGAGGACCCAGAGCAGCAGGAGGACGAGCCGGACGUGGAAGACGACUACGAUCUGGUCAGUGGCCGAGAGGAGCCCAGAUCCCAGGAAGAGGAGCAGCGGGGAGAGGGGCCCAGCCCGCCGCAGGCCCCCAAGCCGGCCGGGGCAGCGCGCGACGAUGACGCGGAGGGUGGCCUGUGCCUCGGCUGCCAGGGGCCGUCGGGCUCGGGGGGCAGUGCCGAGGCCCUGCUAAGUGACCUGCACGCCUUCGCUGGGAGCGCGGCCUGGGACGACAGCUCCCGGGCAGCCGGCGGCCAGGGCCUCCACGUCACCGCGCUGUAG